UAAAUGCCAUCGACGUCCGUUUUAUUUGAUUUUAUAGGUCUUGAAAAUCGAGUACCUGGCGCUGUCGAUCGAGUUUCUCCUUCACGUCAACAACUUGCAUUUGCGCACUGACGGUCUCGAUGACGCUCGUUCUUUUUUAAUAUCCAAUUCUGAUUUUGGACACGGACCUUGACAAAUUCGAGUUCCGCCACAGCCAUUCCCCUUCUUGAAUAAAGGCUUCUUCGCCCUUGGCUCCCACAACAAUUUCCUUUACUUUCCCCUCCUUCCCUAUUCCUAGACGCUAAUUGCUACUUCCAUGCCCAAGGGCAAAAAGUAUUAUCCAUGCGGCGAAUGUUCCGAUGUUCUUAGUAGAGAACACGAUCUUGAGAGACACAGACUAGCAAAACACGCACCGGAGGAGGAAAAGAUUCUGGCGUACUACUAUUGUCGGUGCGGUGCCCGUAGUAUACAGAAGACCAAUAUCGUGGGCCAUAUUCGCAGUGCACAUACUGGAGAGACGGUUGAUUGUGGACUUUGUGAAUAUAAGUCUUUCAGCGACGCGAGCUUGACGCGCCACCGAAAAGACGAAGGCCACUAUCUCGAACGGCGCCGCAGGAAACCAAAAGCCAAGACACCCAUUGCUUCGUCUUCAUCUUCCCCCGCCCCAGAGAUUCACAGUGUUGCCGAUUUCGUUAAGCUCUACGGCGAUGUACCUCUCACUUACACCGAAUACAGCUUGUACGAGUCAUUGGUGUCUAAGGCCAAGAAACAGGCGCCCCCCACGCCUCCAUGCACUCCAAGCACGUCUACACCAGCCAGCCUUCCAGCCGCACCUGCGUCAGCAACGUCUACCCCGGCGACGCCUGUCUUAUCCCCCCUUGUCUCGGCUGCGCUUGUCCCAGAAGUACUUAGUCCACCCGUGGAUCGCGCUGCAACGCCUACUCCUUCUCCCGAAUGCUUCCUCAGCGUCCCAGAGGCAUGGCGCCUACCUCCCAUCGAUGUUAAUCGCCGUGAUUGCUACCCCGCAUGCCCCCUCACAGCCCCCGUAUUGCAGCCGAGGCUCUCUCCUUACCCAUCACGCUAUCAUCGCUAUGGGCCGUACUGAGGGAUGUCGUCAACGAAUUGGAUCAUUUUCCAGAAAGAAAAUGUUUGCUCUCUUUUACCAUUUUUUCCCUUUCCUUUUUGAUUGCUAUACAUCUCACUCUCGCUCUCGUGCUGCUGUCCCAAGUUUUUGUUUCAACUCGUUAUUUUAUCUGUUUCCCGCGCUUUUUUCUGUAUUGCUCUCGAUAUGCUACCUUCAAAAGGUUUAUGAAAUGUAAUCAAGUACUACCCAGCGUGUUUUGGAUGUUACGUUCCUCGUGUAUCCCUUAGCUAGUCGUUAUCUGAAUUGAUUUUCCCCAGUCAUAGGUCUAGCAUCUCACA